AUGGGUGGCAAGUUUUGGUCCGCAGAGGAGCAACACUAUUUCGUCCAUGUGGUCAUGAGAAAGUCGAGGUUUAAUGGGCUGAAUGGAACGUACGAUCCCAGCAUAGGCAUGUCAUGGGCAGAUCUUGCAGUUAUGAUGCAGGGUGCUAUGAAAGAGAGAGGUAUCUUCCGCAGAGAGUACACAGGAAACAUGCUCUAUGAGCAUUGGCACCAGACUGUAAAGAAGGAUUGGGGUGAGGUUCGCCUCAAGAUCGCAAUUGCCAGUGCUCGUGGUCAUUCUGGUAGUACUGGUAGAGAACCACGCUCCCGUGCCAGAAAGGCUAAUAAGCGAAGAUCUAGAGCGACCCCACCUCCGUCAUUGCCUCCCCAAAUGUCUAAUCGCCGCUCAAAUUUUCCUACAGGGCCACAAAACAACGCUAUUUCUGGACCGUACAGUACGGAAUUGCCACGCUAUACCUCCAAUCAUCCUCAAAUGGGUGACUAUUCUGUGCCUGAGAGUUCUUUCACAGGCUUUCAAAGCCCAAAUACGGCUCCAGGGCGUUAUUUUGGCCCUUCAAUGACCUCUGGUCCACCAUCAAGCGGUCUUUAUAACCCAUAUGGAGCCUCUGACACGCCUUAUCUAACCCAUGCUGAGGGUGCGGCAUUAUAUCACCAGGAAAGCCUUCCUGAGGACCCUGAGCAGCGUCAAAUACGCCACUUCCCUUGUGAACGCCAGCUUCGACGAGAUUCAAUUGCUCCGGCAGCCUUCAACCAAGCCUUGAAUCGCCCUCAACGUCAACAUAUCAUCAUCAGAGAGCCAACCCCAGAAGAUGAUGGAUCUAGCCUAUUUGUACAGCAAUCUGAGCAUGAGUCUCGCCGCAGAGGGCCAGCUCCUAGGCCUCGAAUGGAGCUAGAUGCUGCUCACACCAUGACCAUGUUUCGCGAGCAAGAAAUGCAUUCCCUACAUGGUACCCCGGUAGCUAGACAUCAGGGCUCUACUGAAGCUCGCCGUGGCUUGAUGUAUCAAUACCCUUAUGAGCAUCAAUCCUAUGCGUUUCAAGGACCUCGUCUCGCGCCAAUCAUUACUCCCCAUAAUAAGCCACGUCUCCGCCAAAAUCAAGGUCGGAAUUGGGUUCAAUUGGAUGAGGAUGAAGAUAAUGAGGAGCACUAA